GCGACGCUGGAGGAUUCGCUCGCCGCGCAGAUCCGCUCCUGCCGCCGCGGAGCUGGCUUAAACCAAGAUGUACGGGCGGCUGGGCAGCACCCGCGACGCGAGGACGGCGUUCGAUGCGAUCUACCGGCGCAACGUUUUCUCCUGGAAUCUCUUGAUCGGCGCCUACUGCAGCAAUGGCCGCCAUGGCGAGGCGCUCGAUCUCUUCCAGGCGAUGAUCCGCGAGGCGGCAGUGGAUCCCAAUCACAUCACCUACAUCGGGGUCGUGAGCGCGUGCUCCUGGCUGGGUGAUCUUGCGCGGGGUCGGGAGAUCCACGCGAGGAUCGUCGCGGAUGGGCUCGGCGAUUCUCAUGUGUUCUUGGAAAAUUCUCUCAUCACCAUGUAUGGGAGGUGUGGGAGCUUGGAGGAGGCCAGGGGGAUUUUCCAGAGGAUGGCGAAGAAGGAUACCGGGUCUUGGAAUGCCCUCAUGGCCGCUUGCGUGGAGAAUGGGAGAGAGGCCGAGGCUGUGGAGCUUUACAGGGAGAUGGACGUAGCAGCGGAUGGAAUCACUCUCACCACUGUUCUUGGCGCUUGCUCCAGAUCGAUCACCGAUGGACGAGACAUCCACAGGGACAUCUGGGCGACGACGUUUCGAUCGGAUACGUCGGUGACUACCGCGCUGGUGACGAUGUAUGGGAGGAAUGGAAGCUUGGCCGAGGCAAGGGAGGUGUUUGAGAGGAUCCGGGACAAGAAUGUGGUGGCCUGGACGUCCAUGAUCGUGGCUUGCGUCCACAAUGGAGCGUAUGUGGAGGCGCUCACGCUCAAGAGACGGAUGGACCUGGAAGGGGUGAAAGCAAACUCCGUCACCUUUGCGUCCGCGCUUGAUGCUUGCUCCGGGGCUGGCUCGCUGGCCGAUGGAAGGCUUCUCGAAAGUAGUUUAAGCGCUCAAGGACUCGAACGUGAUCUCGUGCUCGGGACCGCUCUCAUCGACAUGUAUGGGAAGUGCGGGAAGCCGGACGAUGCAGCGGCGGUGUUCGCGAAGCUCAAGUUCAAGAGUUUGAUCGCGUGGAACGCGAUGAUCGGUGCGUGGUCUCACAACGUCCGCGGGAGAGAGGCGAUGCAGUUGUUCUGUAGAAUGGACCAGGAAGGGAUUGAAAAGGAUAGGAUCACUUAUCUCAACAUCCUCGAAGCUCUUGGUCACGGAUCGUUUCUACGCGAAGCAAAGGUCAUCCACGCUCGGAUAGUUGCCUCGGGUCUAGACUCCGAGGUAGCCAUCGGCAACGCGAUCGUCAACAUGUAUGGCAAGGCCGGCAGCCUCGCCGCUGCGAAGCUCGCGUUUGAUGGACUCAAGCUCCGCGACGUGGUUUCAUGGACAAGUAUCAUCGCAGCUUACUCGCGACAGGGGAGGCACAGAGAAGUUCCAGCGCUGUCCUGGGAAAUGCAUCUAGAAGGAGUGAAAGCAAACGGGAUUACGUUCGUGCACAUCCUGCACGCCUUCAGCCAUUCGGGACUCGUCAGAGAAGGCUGCCUUUGCUUUGCCUCGAUGAUGGUGGAUCACGGACUUCAUGCGACUCGUGAGCUCUGCGGCUGCAUGGUCGAUCUGCUGGGGAAAGCGGGAUGGAUUCUGGAGGCCCAGGACAUGAUCAACGCUAUGCCUUUCCAGCCUGACGCUGUUUCCUGGACGAGCUUGCUCAACGCUUGUGUCAUCCACUCGGAAGUUCCGGAUCGAGCUCGACACGCCGCAGCCGGUGCAUACAAGCUGGAAGACAAGGACUUUGGUGCUCCUUAUAUCGCGCUUUCCAAUCUCUACUUCACUCAGUCUUCAUCUCAAGGAUCAUCGUGAAAUUCGCGCUAUCCAGUCUCUACUUCACUCAGCCAUGGAUUCUCCACUUAGACCUCAGGUAAGAGUGAUCCUGGGUCUCUCUCUCCUCAGUGGUCACGCUUGGGAAGUUCGAUGCUCUACACAUUGGCGAAAGCUUCACGAAUGGGGCCUCCGGUUCUUCUCUCUUUCACGGGAAUGGGAGAAAUCCUUGGCUGGGACAAGAGGUAACGCGUUUAAAUUUUUCUAGUUCUUACACAAGCGGGGCCAUGACCAAGAGAAAGAAAGCGUUUCAUGAAAAAGAGAAUUUCAUGACCAGGAGAUGGAAAAGAAAAGAAAAAACGUACCAGAGGAGUAUAAAUACAAUGAUGUGGUUCUCACGACUUCUCAAUUUAAGCACCAAAUCUCUUUUAACCAGUAAA